AUGUCGUCAAGGAAUAUUCCUUCACCUUUACCACCGCAAUCUCCACCACCACAACAUUACGUCACGCCGCCUCUCACGGUGAUCCUCACCGUAGUCCUCCUCGUCUUCUUCUUCAUCGGUUUCUUCACUCUCUAUUUCUGCAAGUGUUUCCUCGACACCAUGAUGCAAGCCUGGCGUCUCCACCACGGCGGAGAAGCCGGAACAACCGAAAAUCCCAACCAGCCACCGGAAGCUCCACCUGAAAAUCCCGGCCUCGAACUUCGAAUCAUAAACUCGUUUCCCACUUUUCCUUACUCCUCCGUUAAAGAUCUCCGGGAAGAGAAAUACGGCCUCGAAUGCGCCAUCUGUCUACUCGAGUUCGACGGAGAUCACGUGCUACGUCUCUUGACCACGUGCUACCACGUGUUCCACCAAGAGUGCAUCGAUCUCUGGUUCGAGUCUCACAAAACUUGCCCCGUUUGUCGCCGCGAUCUUGACCCUCCUCCGCCGCAAGAAAACGCUCUCCCUAACGUCGACGAGAUGAUCAUCGACGUGAUUCAAGAAACCAGCGACGACGAUGACGAUCGACGUCAACGUCAUCAUCACCAGACAACAACACCGAUUGAUGCUUGGCCGUCUUCGAGCAGUUACGUAAACAACGAGAGAUCGAAAAAGGAACAAACUUUGCCGGAGAAGUUCUCGAGAUCGCAUUCCACGGGACAUUCAAUAGUGAGAAACAAACCGGAGGAAGAAGAUAAGUAUACGUUGAGAUUACCGGAACAUGUUAAGAUUAAGGUCACGAGAGGACAUAGCCAGACAGAGAGUUGUGUUACUUUUGCCGAACUUGUUAGGAACAGAGGAUAUGAUCAUCGCCGGUUUGGUGAGGUCUCCGAUCAAACAGCUGUUACACAAUCUAAAAAUUGA